AUCCACGAGCACGGGCUCCCCUCCCUCGCCCCCUUCCUGGGAAGAGACUACGUCGGCCUCGACGCCGCGCGACAGUACUUCGAGUGCCUGGGCGCCCACCUCCGGUACGAGGGGAUGCGGUUCGAGGAUGAGGCGGAGUGGGUGGUGGAUGGUGCGCGGGGGGUGGUGGUGGUGCGCGGAUGGGCGCGGUUUGUGGCGAAGCGGACGGGGCAGGCGUGGGGGGAGGGGUUUGUUUAUCGGUUGCGGUUGGAUUCUGGGGAUUCUGGAGGUAAUGGGGAUGCGGAGGUGAAGGUGAAGGAGUAUUUUGUCUGGGCGGAUACCGGGGCGGCGUAUUUGGCUUUGAGGGGGGAGUUG